AUGUACACGGGGCUCGAGGACGAGAUCCGUAGAGAUAAAGUUAUACCAAUCCAGGAAGUGAAAACUAACCCUGGAUUCCUUCUCAUCUCGAUGCUCACCGAGCGCAAAGACUCCUUGCUCCGGACUGACGAUAAGAAGGACCGCUGCGGCAGUGUUCUCACUCCCUUGUUCAAACGUUUCAACAUCAACCUGGAUUCCUACACGGUUGUUCCUGAAAUUGAGUACAUCGACACCGCUUACUUGAUCACAUGCCACAUCCUGCGCGACGAGAGCACCUACAAGUUCGCUGACAAAGAAGGGAACACUCGCUACUGCAAGCUUCCUCUUCACGGGUUAACAAACUUCACGACCUUAGACAACAUAGUGUUCCUGCCCGACGCAGAACACUUGUGCGACGACCCACGAGCGCCAGUUCCAAAUGAGAAUGCUGACAUGGAUGAUGUGGAGGAUGUGACUCCACCUGCCGAUGGAACUUAUGAUCUGGAGGACCUCACUGAUAUUACUGAUGAUCACGCCUACCGAUGCUGGAUGGUUGAUUCUUAGAAGAAGAACAACAGCCUCAUGAAGAGGAUCCUCAGAGCGAUCACUGGCGGCUGCAUCGGAAGUCAAGAUGAGCAGACGACGCAUGGAACAAGGCGCCCAGGCAAGGAACCAGCGGGCACCUCAACUGGAGAAGAGAGACUUCCAAGGAACAGGAGAACAACCGGUCACUCCAGUAGCGGCGAUUCAGACUGAGUCCGAAAGGACUAUUCCUAUCCCCUUGUUUUAUCCAUCUGAACUAUUUAUUUCCCUGCUAUUUGUUUCUGUUUGGUUUGUUUUAGCCUCCUCCGAUUUAUUUUCACAACCAGGGAUGGUGUGAAGUAGGUCUGGGGGAGAGACUGUACUAAUUUCAUGCUUUCAUUUUUUCGAGUCAGUUCCUAGGAUCGAGUCAGUCAAAACUUAUUGUGGUAAUCAGGAACUUAUUUUGUGAUGAUUUCUUAACCACCUCGUGCUUUAACCUUCUUAUUCAGUGACCUUAGCAGUGAUGAAAGACCCACACAUGGACCUAGAACACCCAGACUUAUCUCAUUUGACACUCCAGAAGUUCUCCACCGAUCAGGUUACACUGGGUAGACUCAACUCCACUUUAUCUGGACCUAAUCUGGACUUUAAUUCUUCUUGUUAUGGGCACUAGAUCAGCGAAACGAGACCUACACUCAGGACUUCUUAUCCUUUAUAUCCAUCUUGUUGUUCCUGAGUGGCUAGCUCAUCUUUAGCUAGUUCCCACCUUAUACCUUAGCCUUUAUUCCACCUUCAGGCAUUUCUUUUUCAGUGUUAUAUGUGCAGGUAUGUGCAAAAAUGUUGGAGAGGAAAGGAUCGACGCAGUCUCUUACUCGUUAAUGCUGCAGAAAUUCAAUCAGAAAGGAGAACAAGCAGAUUAAGGGAGCAACUGCUCCAUGACCAAUGAAUCGUGCAAGUGGAACAGAAUGGUGCGAAUCAGAUCCACCAGUGGCCUCCUUAACAUCACAUGUUACCUCCUUCUUCGUCACCUCAACAUCUAUUUUCAUGCUAUGAUUAAAAAAAAAAAAAAACUCUAUCUUUCAUUUUUAGCAUUUGACGAUGGAGAAGGAGAUGAAUUCAAGAGAACACGAGCCACUGGGAAAGUUAAGCAAAGAGUUUGGUACUAAUUGAGCAUAUAGAAGGGGACGAGCAGAGCAGUCUGAUGACUGUUCCCGAACAAAGAACAGCCAUUCUAGAGAGAGCAAAAACGAGUAGAGGCUGUGGAUAUCAAUGGAUCCGUCCUCUCUUGCAAUUUUAUGCGAUAUCCUGUAUCCUCUACGAAGAAUUGGUAGCCCCUAAACACUCUUAACUCCACCAUUAAAUAGCCUGUUCCAUACCUAGACCGUCUAUCCUGAGUAACGCCUGUGACAAGAAGCUCACGAUAAUCUUAAUUGAAAAAUUGGAGUUUCGUCUCGAAAGUGUUGCUUUUUCAGGUUAAGAUGUAGAGUAAGGAGCCGAUCUUUGAACAGCGAUCAGGGGUUCCCAGUAAGUGUGUGUGGUCCUAAUCUACCGCUUGUAUGGUUCAGAGAUUUGUGGUUAGAGUAUGGUUGCUGAAAAUAAGCGAGUUCCCAUAUUUCCAAACAUUUCUCCCUGUUCUUGGUACUUGCCUUGUUCGAGGACAAACAAGGAUCUAAGUCUGGGGGAAUUGAUAUAUGGUGUUUUUCACAUCAUUGUAUAUAUGUUUUCAUAUUGAUUCGAGUCUCUAAUCCGUGUCGGUCUAGUUCUUUUUGAUCUUUUACAGGUCUGGAGUUGGUAGAAGAGUGAAGAGAGGGUGCAUGAAGAGAAGCUGUCCUUUUGGAGCAUUCCUGCGGAGAACACUCAAGGAGAACAGUCCUGAGACAGUUCUCGAGCGGAACAAGCAGACGGAGAGAUCCCGAGGUUGUUCCCGACAAAUAAGGAAGCUCCUAUUUCGGGAAUUAAAGCCCUGUUGCCCUAAUACCGUUUCCACCUGUUGGCGCCUCCAUAUAAAAAGGCCAUAUAUCCUAUUUUAUUUUCUUACGCUAGUUUUACAAGAGAACUAUUAGCUUUUGCGAUCUGCAACUUGUAAGGGAGAAGAAUCCAUUCUCUCAUAGAGAAGACAUCUGAACCCUUUGUUUCCUACUCUUAUUAUUAUGCAGUAUUAUUCAGGAUCUAUGUCUUUGACUGCUUGCAUCAUAAUCGAGUAGUGAUCUAGCUCGCCUAGGGUUUUUAGGGUGUUGAAUUAUGAGCUAAACAUAGAUAAGCUAUUCUUAAUCAUUCUUCAUUCAUACUGUUCUUAAAGCUUCCAUUAAUCUGAUCACUUAAUGUUAGAUCCUAAGUUAAAUCACCUAGCUAACCGCUUAGGAGAUAACUUGACACGUAUUGAAUGAGCUUAAUAUCCCUAAU